CUAGAUAGUUUUGGUUUGGACUGCUAUUCUUUAGAUUUGCCCAUUUUUUCAACAGUACAUUACUUGUAUUAAGCUGUUUAUUUCGAAUUACGCACUUUUACUCCUGACUCAUUUGAUUGGUCUCUAGAGGUAUUUUCGGUUUUGGGCGCUAUAGUUAAAAGUCACCGUUAUCUCGGCAAUUUUACACACAGCUCACUACUUCCAGGGAUACCAGAUGCAUCAGAGCUGUUAAACUUAAGAUGACAGCGUCAGAUGCUUGUAAAAAAGCCUUGCUUUCUCUAGAGGCAUGCUUAGGAGAUGACUUCAGCACUCAGGAAGCUGUGGCAUUCGCGGCGAAAAAUGUCGUUUUAAUUGACGGGAGGAAACCUAGACCACUGGAAGAAGCUGAUAUAUUGGAUACAUUAGUAACUUAUUUGUUACUAAAGAAUGACGAAGAUCUCAAGCAUCGCCUAUUUUUCGAGGUUUUUCCUGUGGACAGGGAUAUAAAUGCAAACUGUUUGCAUCUUUUAUCGAAGCUGACUUCGUUGGCCAUAUGUCUCGGAUUAUCUCCUGUCCUUGAGUUGGUUUCUUUUUGGCUGAAAAUACGAGUUUCUCAGUCCUAUUGUUGCCCUCCUGUACAUUAUCCAAAUUGUUCCCCUCAGAUUGCAUAUGAAUUUGUAGAAGCGUUAAUCACAUCGCUUAUAUCAGACUUACUUAGUGUACGAGGUCUGCCUGUGUUUCUCACUUUAAACACGUCAGAAAGCGAUAUAACGCGGAGUGAAAAUGCAAACAUUGACCAUCCUUUGUACAACAUCCCGUUCAUAUCACCUCCAUUCACAGAUGCCUUUCUAUCUGGAUUAACUAUAGUUUAUGGAUAUCGUCCCAGUCUCAAAUCAUGUGUUAACAACUUAUUCGCUCAUGCAACAAUCAGAGCUCCUCCUCCUCCUGAAGUUAUAUUCUGCGUUACAAACUGGUUACGGCUCGGUCGCAUUCCAAAACAGUUUCACCAACCAGGGACUAAUUUACCUAUUAACUGGACAUGUAUUGAUUGGCUCAGUAUGGCUAGACGUUACAAGUUCUGUAGUCAGUUCCGCUUUCCGAUUGAUCAGAUUUUAAUGUCUCAACCACCUCUCCUAAUCUGUCUAUUGUGGUGGAGUGUUUUUGAGCCGCUAUCUUAUAUAACAUGUUCGCGAGGUGAUCCAAGACCGGAAAACAAUCUGACAUAUGACUAUGUUGCAGGUCUGCAUUAUGAACUUUUACAGUGUAUAUCUGAACCUGCCGGUCUUGCUGCACAUCGGCAUGGUAGUGGAGGUGCUGGGGGUUUUGGAUUUUCGACAUGGCUUUUAACGUGUUCACGAAAAAUGGAAUACACAAAAGAAUUUUACUACUUAGAAUCAUUGGUCUCUCAAGUUCAUGAACAGUAUAAUUUAAUUCGCUCUCUACGUAAACGGCGCUCAUCAGGAAAGCGUAUGAACUUUUUAGAAUUGAUGAUCAUCCGCUUAGCUGAGUUCAUGCAGAUAUGUUGGGUUAGUGGACGUAUAAGAAACCUAAGUUCAGACGAAUUUUAUCGACUUUUAGCUCCAUUGGAAUGUCAUAGCUGGAUUAACCUUGUUCUCACGAGGUUUAAAAAGUAACGAUAUUGGUUAAAUAAUUUUGUAUUCUUUUAAAAAAUAAAUAAUCACACUUG